GAUCAUCAAAACCUAAAACCUCAGCAACUCGCUUACAAAAUAAGCGGGUUUUGGUGGCGAGAGCUGCUGUCUGUAUUAUUCAACAAUUAGGGACGCGGGCGCCCUUUCGAUUUGGUUAAUGACAGAUAUAUCGACAAUAUCAGACACCGGAUACCACUGCCGAGGAAUUGUUUGAUAUAUUUUGGAAUCAUUAUUUGAGCAGACUGAAAGCAGAAUAAUUAGAAUAUUAUGGCACCAGUCCGUUGGCGGCCAUAGAUCUAGAGCAGAGCGUAUUCUGAGGCCCAUGUCUCUUCUCUGGAAGCCCUAGAACCAGUGUCAUCCUCCUCCUCUUCUGUUGGUGGUGGCUUCCCCUGUAGGACCAUGUCGGCAGCACAGACUCAGAAGGACGGUGAAGGCCCCUGGGGACUGGAUUCCCUGGGCCUGAGCCAGAGAGAGUUGGUAAUGGCUGAAGCUCUACAGAUGGAGUAUGAUGCCCUGUCAAGACUUAAACAGGACAAGGGUGGGGACAGCCAGGGGACCAGCUGCCAGGGGGUUGGGAAGUUACCUACGCUACCCCCUAGGGAGGGCCAGAGCCAGAUCGAUCGCCCCCUCCCACCCUGCCCCAGCCCUCUUCCUCCAGGAGGGAGUUUGCUAAGAGGGCUGUCUGGUUCGGACCCAUUCCUCAACCACCUUCAGCCUGGGGGGUCCCACUCCCCACGUCCCUCCCCAGCCAGGGCCACUCCUCCUCUGGGAAGCUACAGCAAAGAGCCCCUCUAUAUCCUGGAGAGUUCAGGGAAGGGGGACUACCUGAACUCCAGCUAUGGGCACUCAGGGUCUAGCUAUGGUUCUCCUUUGACUCUGCUUAAAGGCUUUCCCCCUCCUCCGGAUGACCCUCCUCCUGCUGUACCCCCAAGGACCCCUCUACCCCCCUCCACUGAGCCCUUCCCACCCUCCCGACGCACUGUGGCGCCCCGGGAUGUCAACCUGUUCACCCCUGAGGUAGACCAGCCCAAACUGUCGUCAGGGGAGAUGCACAACUACGAGAGCCUCAACGAUGCCCUCUCCAAGCUCAAUGGGGAUUGGCUGGCGCCAAGGGGUAGGCGGGCCAACGGGGACCAAUCAGGGAAGCCGGUGGCUCGGAGUAAGACCCUCCCCCCUCAGGUGCCCCCCCGCACUUACGUACCUAUCCAGAAGAGCAACAAGAACCAGCGCAGAGUGUCGGCCGACCCGGUGUCUUUGGCCCCCAGGCUUAAUGGUUUCGGCUAUGAGCUCUUCCAGGUGUCAGAGGAAAGAGAUGAGGAGGUGGCCGCCUUCUGUCACAUGCUCGACGUGUUGCGGUCGGCGUAUCCAAGCAGCGACCCCUCUAACAACUCUGGGUUUGUGUGGUCGCCUUCAGUGGGGCCUGAAGAGUUGCAACAGGGGUUAGGGGUCAGCGUCAAAGUUACGGUCAUCAGCGACCACAUCAGAGAACCACUCACCUUCACCUGUGAUGGGUCAUCUACAGUGGACUUGUUGAUCUACCAGACGUUGUGUUAUGCUAAUGAGGACCUGGACCACAUCGACGUCGACCACUACCUGCUCAAGGUCUGCGGUCAAGCUGAGUUCCUAGAGAAUUCCCAGACGUUGGCAGAGUUGGAGUAUAUCCAGCUGUGUCUGAAGUUUGACUGGGACAUCCGUCUUUUCCUUACCAAGAGAGGCUCUAUCAACACAGAACUGGGCCGCACGGAUGAUGAUGAUGACACACCCUCUACGAUGAACCACGGCAUUCUGCUGCAGGAACGACCAAUCAGACAGACCGUUACUAGAGAGGCUUUGACUCUGCUCCUGGAUACCUUUCACAACGAGGCUGAGUCCUUUCUACUAUCAGAGGUGGAGCUUGUGUUGCAUGUGGAACGGUUGGUCCAAUCAGUGAAGGCUCUCUGCAGCUCGCUGGCUGCUGUGGAAACGCCUGACAUCACUUCCGCCCUCAACCAGCUCCCAGCAUGCCCCUGUCGUCUGCAGCCUAGAGUCCAGAAGGAUCCGUCACUGCUGGCCAUCAAAGAGAACAGAGAGAAAGUGGUGGAGAAGCUGACGGCAGCCAUUUUGGAUCUAGUGGAGCUGUACUGUAGCACGUUCAAUGCUAACUUCCACACCACGGUGCAGAGCAACCGGCACACGUCACCCACACAGGAAGCAGGCCUGGUCACCAACGUCCUGUCUUUCAGCGUCUACGCUGCACAUCGCAUCCCCAUCACAUGGGCUGCCAGCUACGAGGGCUUCUUCCUGUCAUGCUCUCUGACCCAUGGAGGGGCGGAACUUUGUGCCCCGCAGCACACCAGCAAACAGCAGGUCAGCAAGUACCUGUUUCACCUGGUGGUCUGGGACCAGAGGGUGUGUUUCCCAGUGCAGAUUAACCAGUUGCCAAGGGAGACCCAGCUGACGGUGACUCUGUAUGCCAGCGCUCUACCACCCCCUGGAGGUGCGGAGGAGAAGGGCAGCAAGCAGCGGAGGAGCAUCGACUCUCUGGGCUGGGUCACCAUGCCCCUCUUCAACUUCAGACACAUCCUGACGUGUGGGAGGAAGCUACUGGGUCUGUGGCCUUCCACCCCAGGAAGUAACACUCGCUCCAGCUCCCCCAACUUCAGCCAGCCUGACAGCGUCAUCCUGCAGGUGGACUUUCCCACGUCGUCGUUUGAGGUGCGCUUUAGCACCCCCCCUCCCGCAGAGUUCAGUCCCCAGUAUGACUUCUCCAGACUCGACCAGCACAGCCAGAGACAACUGCAGGAUGUACUGCACAAGAAAUCACUCUUCUGGUUGACUCCAGAGGACAAGCGUCUGUUGUGGGAGAAACGUUCGUUCUGCCAGUCAGAGAGUGGUGCCCUGCCCCUGGUGCUGGCUAGUGCCCCCCGCUGGGAGUGGGCAUGCCUGUCAGAUAUCUAUGCCCUGCUCCGCCAGUGGGCAUGUCUCAACCACCACGACGCACUGGGCCUUCUGCAUGCCACCUUCCCUGAUCAGGAGCUGAGGCGUACUGCAGUGCAGUGGAUGGACACCAUCUCUGACCCUGAGCUGCUGGACUUCCUGCCGCAGCUGGUGCAGGCUCUGAAAUAUGAGUGUUACCUUGAUAGCCCGUUGGUACGUUUCCUGCUACGGAGAGCCAUAGGGGACAUGCGCAUCGCACACUACCUCUUCUGGUUGUUGAAGGACACUCUGCAGGACAGUCAGUUCAGUGGGAGGUACCAGCACCUGUUAGCAGGCCUGCUGUGCUGUGUGGGUCGGGGUCUCAGGGAGGAGUUUGACAGGCAGUGCUGGCUGGUCACCAUCCUGGCUAAAGUAGCCCAACGUGUCCGGGACACCUCUCCCUCCAGCAGACAGGCCAUCCUUCGGGAGGGACUGGAGGAGGUCAGGCAGUUCUUCUCAGUCAGCAGCAGCUGCCGUCUCCCCCUCAACCCUGGCAUGCUGGUCAAAGCCGUCAACAUACAGUCGUGUUCCUACUUCAACUCCAAUGCCGUGCCCCUCAAACUGUCCUUCCAGAACCUGGACCCGCGAGGAGACAACAUCAACGUCAUCUUCAAGUCAGGUGAUGACCUGCGCCAGGACAUGCUGACCUUGCAGAUCAUCCGCAUCAUGAACAAGAUCUGGAUCCAGGAGGGACUGGACAUGAGGAUGGUCAUCUUCAGAUGCUUCUCUACUGGACGAGGCAGAGGUAUGGUGGAGAUGAUUCCCCAGGCUGAGACUCUGAGGAAGAUCCAGGGGGAACAUGGAGUGACUGGUUCCUUUAAGGACCGCCCCCUGGCUGACUGGCUACAGAAACACAACCCUACAGAGGACGAGUAUGAGAAGGCUGUGGAGAACUUCAUUUACUCGUGCGCAGGCUGCUGCGUGGCCACCUACAUCCUGGGUAUCUGUGACCGCCACAACGACAACAUCAUGCUGAAGACCAGCGGUCACAUGUUCCACAUCGACUUCGGCAAGUUCCUGGGACAUGCGCAAAUGUUUGGCAACAUCAAACGGGACCGUGCUCCGUUUGUGUUCACUUCUGACAUGGCCUACGUCAUCAACGGAGGAGACAAACCUUCCAGUCGCUUCCAUGACUUUGUGGACCUGUGCUGUGAGGCCUACAACCUCAUCCGCAAACACGCACACCUCUUCCUCAACCUACUGGGACUGAUGUUGUCGUGUGGCAUCCCUGAGCUGUCCGACCUGGAUGAUCUGAAGUACGUCUAUGACGCGCUGAGACCUCACGAGUCUGAGGCUGACGCCACCAUGUACUUCACCAGGUUGAUAGAGUCCAGUCUGGGCAGUGUUGCCACUAAGUUGAACUUCUUCAUCCAUAACUUGGCUCAGAUGAAGUUUGCCUCAUCCGAGGAGCGUCCUGUGCUCUCCUUCGCCCCACGGGUUUACACCCUCAAGACUGACGGACUCAUCCGCAACCUCUUUGUCUGCCGACACAUACGAACCUACAGCCCCAGCAAAGGAUACGCGUUUGUGGUGAAGGUGGAGCGGGAAGGCCAGCAGGGGUCAGUGUUGGUCCAGAGGAGCUUUGAGGAGUUCUAUGAACUACACAGUAAACUACGCCUCAUCUUCCCCUCAUCCAAACUACCCAGUUUCCCCAGCCGCUUUUUGAUUGGGCGGUCUCGAGGAGAGGCGAUGGCUGACAGGAGGAAAGACGAGCUGAACGGAUACGUCUGGCAUCUGGUGCAUGCUGCGCCAGAGGUCGCCCAGUGUGACCUCAUCUACACUUUCUUCCAUCCUCUGCAAAGAGACGAGAAACCUGGAACAGUGGUGAACACACUGCAGAGCAAACCUGCAGAGAUCUGUUGGGGUCCAGUCUCAGGCAAAGUGGUAGGAGAGGUCAAGCUCUCCAUCUCCUAUAAGAGUGACAAGCUCUUCAUCAUGGUCAUGCACAUACGAGGCCUGCAACCCUUGCAGGAUGGGACAGACCCUGACCCCUACGUCAAGCUGUACCUUCUCCCAGACCCCCAGAAAACCGGCAAGAGGAAGACCAAGGCUGCGAGACGCACCUGCAACCCCACCUACAAUGAGAUGCUGGUGUAUGACCGUAUCCCUCGCGGGGACCUGCAGCAGAGGGUGAUCCACCUGCGGGUGCUGGGGGAGGGUGCGUUCUGGGAAAACACCCUGCUGGGCGAGGCCUUCAUCCCCCUGAAGACCCUGACAGCCGGGCAGUGCUGGGCAGACUGGCACCAGCUGGGCACGCCCAGCACCGACUCCACACGUUGAGAAUGAGAGUCAGAGGUGGAGGGUGAGAGGGAGAGAGGAACGACUGAUCAGGUUGUGCGUGCACACAGGUGUACGUGAGUGCGUUCAGUUGUUAUGGUCAGAGCUGUCCAGCUUCUCGGGCUGGUUUAUUCCCCCAGUGGGGGUGUGUGUGGACCCGUAUCCUGCCCAGGUGGGAUGUGUGUGUCCUAUGUAGGUUUGAGGUGUGUUUGUGUGUCUGUAGACUCAUUGACUCAUUCGCUCCCGAGUGGCGCAGCUGCCUAAGGCACUGCAUCUCAGUGCAAGAGGCGUCACUAUGGUCCCUGGUUUGAAUCCAGGCUUGUAUCACAUCCGGCCAUGAUUGAGAGACCCAUAGGGCGGCGCGCAGUUGGCCCAGCAUUGGCCGGGUUUGGCCGGGGUAGGCCAUCAUUGUAAAUAAGAAUUUGUCCUUAACUGACUUGCCUAGUUAAAUGAAGGUUAAAUUUUAAAAAAUAUAUAUAAUUGACGGUCAAUCGUCACUGGACACUGUAUCCAUGGGACUGUACUGGACUGUAUGGACCUACUUUAAGACUCUCUGAUCACCAUAAGAAGGGAUAACUGGGGCAUGUGAAGAUAACCAGUCUGUUCUUCUCAGUGACUCUGACUUCCAGAAGACUUUUCUCUGGUAACAACAUGGCCUCCCGAAGACCAGGAAGCACGGGGGACCAGUGGGAGGAAACCAGAGGGCAUUGUUACCUCUCAUGGACCGCUUCUUUCCCCUUCAUCUAGGGGCAACGGAGAGACGUCCAUCUUACCGCCUGGCGAAAAAGACUUUGAAACGGGUCUGGUCCCCUCCAAAGUCCUGUCUUUUAAAAGACAACCGUAAGUUAUUUAUUUUUCAAGCGUUACCCUUCUGUUAGUGCCGCUCCAUUUCGAGCUCUGUGUGUGUGUGUGUGUGUGUGUGUGUGUGUGUGUGUGUGUGUGUGUGUGUGUGUGUGUGUGUGUGUGUGUGUGUGUGUGUGUGUGUGUGUGUGUGUGUGUGUGUGUGUGUGUGUGUGUGUGUGUGUGUGUGUAAAUGAUUUUGAUUUCUGUGUGUACCCCAGAUUUAUGCAGAUCGUGAUAUGUGAAUUAUGUUGGAUCCAGUCUUUCUGAUUUGAGAGAGAGAGAGAGAGAGGGCAUAGAUGCUUUUGUGUCAUUGUGGGGUAGAGAUGUACAGUACCAACCGGACCUGCCUAUGGUUUGGGUCCUCCCUAACACAUUUAAAAGACUCACGUGACUUUCGUCCACUCAGCCUGAUUCAGUAGCUCCUCUGCAUUAGAACUUGUUGAAGUGUGUGUGUGUGUGUGUGUGUGUGUGUGUGUGUGUGUGUGUGUGUGUGUGUGUGUGUGUGUGUGUGUGUGUGUGUGUGUGUGUGUGUGUGUGUGUGUGUGUGUGUGUGUGUGUGUGUGUGUGUGUGUGUGUGUGUGUGUGUGUGUGUGUUACCUGGGUAGUUUGGAUGAGGGGAAGAUGAGGCCGCUCCAUUUCGAGCUCUGUUUGUGUGUGUGUGUCUCCCAUUGUUGACUAGCUGUUGUAAUCCAAGCCUUACCUACGCUUCAUUUCACCGUUUGAUGAUAAUUGACACAGGUCGCUGAUCGAAUUUUAAAUGUAGUACUGUGCGUUGACAUAACAAUGUUGUCUUCAUGGGAGAAUCCUCAAAUCUCAAACGUUUGUUCAAAAAUGUUUUUUUAUAUCAACGCCUUUAGAAUAUUAUUUUGUUGUCGUUGCAUGAGUGCGUCUAUGUCUAUGUGGGGAAAAUCAGACGAUUAGCUGGCGUCACGGAUAAACUGCCUGAGCAAAGAAAUGCUCUUUCGGACACUAAACUCUCACGCCAUUCCGACUGUAUGUAGUGGAAAUGUUUCACUUGGUUUUUAUUUCUCUUGCAUUUUGAACUUACAUUUGACUUUCGUGGCUUUUUCAAACGACAAAGUGAUCCUGUUCAUGUGUUAUACAGUACUGUAGCUAUAAGGCGGGGGGGGGGGGCAUUUUUGGCAUUGAUAUCUCGCUCUCAUUUUCUUGUGUAAGAGCUGGACACACUGUCCUUUUUUCACUGGCAAACAGACACGGUGACCUUUCGCAAUGCAAAAUGGCCGCUUUCAGUGGGAAAAUCUGCUUGUGGGCAGAGUUGUUGCUAUUGAGAGGGGAAUAAUCAAGGUUAACUCAUGAAUUGAGCAAGAAGGGUUGACCGGUAAAAAAUAUAUAUAUAAAUAACUAGGACAAGGUUCAUUCCUGGUCAGGAAAAAACAACUCCUGGUGAAAUAUGAUUAAUCGGUGAAGGAAGUUUCUAUAACUAUCGGUAAGAUAAGGACGUCUUGGUGUCCGAUGUUUUUCAGAUCACAAAACAAAUUACAGACGAAUACAGGUUAAGGCUGCCUUUCUACGGUGUUGAAAUGUAACGCGUAUUUGUUUGGAUCAUUAUUAAACAUACCCGCAUCCAUUGCGAGGAAUAUUUAGAUGCUAUUUGUUUUGGUUUGGUUGCAUAGGCUUUGACAUAACAUACAAUUCACCAGCCCUGUUUUAAAAGCAUUGAUCUUUAUUCAACAUCUCUGAAAAUGUUUCUUCAUUCAUGAAGAGUAGCUACAUCGCUGUUUUAGAAACAAGGGUAGACAGUUUGAACAGGUGUGUGUUAGAAAUGACAAGAGGAGCUCUUCGACUAAAGGUUGGCCUAUCUCAGGCUGAAGUGCAGUAAUCACACAGGACCAGCAUGCUUAACCCCAACCAACCAGUUUAACCACUGCUCUCGUUCAAAAAACACAACACUUUAUUUGACUGCCCUUUGAAUGUGUCUGGUGGAUAUUUACAUAUUUUGUUUGGUUUCUAGAAAAGGAAGAAUAUUCCCUGGGGGUGUUUCACUCCAGUCUGAAUGGCUAUAAUGUGGCUAUGGGCUCUUAGUGUAACAUUUUUAAAUGAUUGAAAGAUGACUUUCUCCAUAUUGAGUGUUGGUAUCUGUUGUGUGCUAAAAGACUGAUGACCGAUAUUAAAGUGAUUUUAAUGUUUUUUUUUUCUUGUGACAGUUUUACCACUUUGGGGGAAAGGAGGGACACCAUAUGGCUUCCUUCUCCAUGUCUCUUUUUCUUUCUGGUCUUGACACUCUAGCUAAGAGUAGAGUCAAAUAUGGAUCUCUAUGCAGUAUAGGGCUCUGGUUAAAAGUGUUAUGAUAGAAAUGUUGCUCUUGCCUAACAGACCAGUGAUUACACAUGGAAGGAGACCAGGACAGCGGUUCAUUGGAAGGCAUUGGGACUCCCAAACCAAGCACCUGCCUGCUAAAUACCAAGUGUAAAUCUGAAAAGAAUGUAUAGGUCGGAGCAAUAUAGUGAAAAUUCUACCAGAAGGUACCUCUCUAGUUCUUUCAGAUCUAUGUGAAGGGGUAGGAGCUAUAGGUCAAUUUGGGAUGGGCAAGAGUUUGACCUGAGUCCUUCCAGGUCAGCUCCAAGGGACUGAACUCUGACCUCUAUGGAAUGCUGGGAAAACGGGACCGAAUGUAAGUUCAAAAUGAACUGGAUCUUGUGUACUGUAAAUACUGAGAAUAUCAUUAAUGUGAUUUCUUUCUUUUAUUCAGGAUAUAGUUUUACCCCACUUCUUAUGCUUUAGACUUUAAAAUUGUAUUGCAUUUUCUUAUUUUUUUGACCAUGUUUUGUAAUAUUGUUUGCACUAAAUAAUAACAAAAUAAACUUGAAUCUAAAAGA